AUAUGGUGAUAGCCCUUUUCUGUCUCGAUCUUCAUCUGACCGGUUAAAUGAUGUAACUGCCAAAGGGUCAUGGAUCAAUGAAAAACUAGAAAAGAGAUCUCCUAUAGAUACCAUGAUUUCAUCAUCAAAAGAUGCCAGUAACAGACCAAGAAAAUCUGCUUCAGCAUCUAACAUUGGCAAUUCUGAUGAAGCUCAAAAAAAAUUUGGAAAUGCUAAAGGAAUAUCUUCAGAACAGUUUUUUGGAAACUCUAAAGACACUGAGUUUGAAAGGAAAGCAAAUUUAACGAGGUUUGAAGGCUCCAGCAGUAUAAGCAGUGAAGACUAUUUUGGGGGUGACUCUAGGAGAAGUGCAAGUGCCUCUUCAUAUGCUUCACCCAAUCUAUAUGAUAUAAAAGAAGGUGUUAAAGAUGGAGUGACCAAAGUAGCUGGACGUUUAUCUAGUAUAGCCAAUGGAGUUAUGAGUUCUUUACAGGAUCGUUAUGGUUACUAAGGUGAUGGUUUCUCAUAUCUGUUGAUGGUGCCCUGCAAACAAAGUUGUACAUUCUAGAAAAAGAUUUUCCUGCAUAUGAAAAUGGAAAAUUGUAUUUCGAAAAUAGGAUCUGUUUGUAAUUAAAUUUCUGUUGUAAACAAGCUGGAGAGUUUUCUAUUAAAGUUCUUCUCUAAAGA